GCAACCAGGGAUCCUCGCAGCAACGGUGACGCAUCUUCACACCGCAUCGUCCUCCUCCUCAGCAUGUCGCACAAUUUCCCCUGCCAAAGCUAAAGAUACACACCAUGGUCGACCGCCAGGACCAUCAACCCGCGCCCGACAAGGAGCCCGUCGGAGCGACCGGUCGCGAGGACCCAACACCGCCAGCGACCCUCCCAACCACCCAGCCUCGCCCCGAUGACGACAACGACAGCACCAGCGAGCUAGACGCCCUCGAGCUCCGCGAGAUAGCCACCCAAGGCGACGAUGAAGCCGGAUUCUCAACCGAGUCGAUCUCCUCGGGAGAAUAUCGAAUCCGGACUCAGCGAACGGUGUCCCGACCCGUCCAUACCAGUCGGGAGACAAGCAAGGGGGUCUGGGGACGCAUCCGACGCUUCUGGACGCGAAACGUGGUGUUGACGGUACCCCAGAAGAGUAACCGGGAUCAUUUCGCAUUGGAGCGAACCUUCUUAGCCUACAUUCGGACCUCGGUCAUGGUCGCCAUGCAAGGCGUGUUGAUCGCCCAGUUAUUUCGACUGCAACAUUUGACGUCGCCGGAUAAUGCCCUGGGGUUUUAUGAGGUGGGGGUUCCCUUGGCUGUUAGCUGCUAUGGCGUGGCGAUCCUGAUCGCCUUUAUGGGCGCUUAUCGCUUCUGGAAGCAGCAGAAUGUGGUGGCUUUGGGAACGGUGUAUGCGGGGGGGUGGGAAUUGAAUUGCAUUGGGGUGAUGAUUGGCUUGAUUAUUCUGGCGACCUUUGUUCUGUCUGUGGUGAUUACGAUCGAGUUGGAGAAUGAGUGAUACGACUGCCGAUCUUGGCAUACUCUGGGAAUCUGGAUAGAUUGUUGGGUGGUAGAGGCAAUACGCUGACGGCUGCUUGGUGCUUGCAUGAGGGAUGAAAAGUUAUGAUAUGUGCAUGGUAUUUAGCUAUGAUGAUAUGAUGAAUUGGCAUUUGCUUGGUUGCUUUGAUCCGAACAGGAUCAAUAUAGAGUAUCCCAAUGAGGCCUGUUGGGG